ACAUAUGAUAAUAAAUCCACAAUUAAUUGUUGGUUUAAUUGCAUUUCAAGUACCAGCUGCAAUUUAUAAAAUUGACGUACAAGGUUAUGCUUAUCAAGUAUCAGUCAGUAUACCAAGUGAACAAUCACAUUGUACAGUUGUAUCACCACCAAAUCAACAACCAAAAGUACCAUCUGUUAUCCAAAUAAUGUCAAGUGGUGGUAAUAUUCAUCAUUCAAUGGCAAAUAAUAUAUCAAACAGCAUGAAUAGAAAUAACAUGAAUAUUCAUCCACCAUCACCUGAGCCAUUACCGUCAUUUAAUAAUUCACAUGUAACAUCAGCUCAUGCACAAACAGUUGGUAAUCAAGCACCAAGUCCAGUACAAGAUGGUGCAUCAUCAAGUUCUGUAACAUUACAAAAUAAACUAUCUGAAAUUGAUCAUGCUAUUAAUUAUAUUGAUAAAAUUAGAAAAAGGUUUCAAGGACAACCAAAUAAGUAUAAUCAAUUUUUGAAAAUUCUUCAAAAAUAUGAAGAAGGAAAAGGUGCUGGUGCUAGUUCAAAAUUAACUGAAGCUGAAGUAUAUGUUCAAGUUGCUGAGCUUUUUGAAAAUCAACAAGAUCUGCUUCUUGAAUUUCAACUAUUUUUAUCUGGUACUGCAAAUAAAUCAAAUGACAUGCCUGUUGUACCACAACGUCAUCAAGUGCUAUCAAGAAAACGUAAAUCACCAUUUUCACAUUGAAUUGGAAUGGCAAUAAUGAGCAAGAUUCUAC